AGCUGUGAGCGCGCAGCAGCCGCGCGCGGGCGCGCCGGCCAGGGCGUCUGAAUUUCCUGCGCCCAGCCGCCCCGCUGGGCCGGGAUGGAGGCGCCGACCGCUCCUGGAUGCUGGAUGAGCUCCCGGCCCACUCCAGGGCGGCGUCCGCGCCGUCGGCGCCGAAGGCGCAGCCGAGGCCCUACGGCAUGGCGCAGCGGGCGACGGACGCGGAGGACGAGAUGGAGCAGGCUAUGCUGGCGUCGAUGAUGGAGAAGCCGGAGUCCCAGCCUGGCACCGCGCUCAGCGUCGCGGACGUCCAGCAGUUGGGCCUGUACUACGAGCGCCAGGCGCCCGGGUCGGACACGUGCGGGCUCAACGCCCUGAACAACAUCUGCCAGAAGCGGAUUUUCGACGUGAAGAUGCUGCAGGAUGCGGAGGCCACCGUGCAGCGGGCCGAGAGCGGAGGCAGCUUCGCGCCGGCGUUCCCGCCGCACGCCGCGCCCUCGGGCUUCUUCGACGUGCAGGC